CCUGCGGCAGCGGUGGGGGGCGGAGCUGCUGCUGCCGCCCAGUCGGAGUUAGCGGAGGCAGGCGCAGCGGGCACUGCUGGUUUGUCGGCGUUCAGCUCGGAAGGCGCGGCUCCCCCGUGUCUCUUCCUCCCCCACCCCCUGGGCCAUGCGCGAUCCCGCCCGGCGUUAGGAGCGGCCCGGAGCGCGGUCGGCAGGCAGCUCCCUCAGAGAGGUGGGAGAGAGUGGAGCAUCAAGAGCUACUGUCCUUUGCAGAACGAGAGAAGAGGAGUGGUGCUGAUGCAGCAUCUCCUUUGGAGAGGAGAUAAGAGAAGACCAGAGAAGUGGAGUCCUUAAUGCCUUUCUUGAAGGAGAGGGAGAGCAGCUGUAUGUGGGAGAAGUGUUGCUGGGAGGCUGAAGGCAUUCUACAUAUCCCAGAGCCCUGUAAAGACGCAGCAGAUUUUCUUUGCACUGUAAUAGUGAGAGAGAAACAGCUUCAAGAGGAUGAGUGAACUGGAACAGUUACGGCAAGAAGCGGAGCAACUGCGGAAUCAAAUCAGAGAUGCCAGAAAAGCAUGUAGUGAUACAACUCUUGCUCAGAUCACCACAAGUCUGGACUCAGUGGGUCGAAUCCAAAUGCGAACAAGACGUACACUGAGAGGUCACUUAGCUAAAAUUUAUGCUAUGCACUGGGGAUCUGAUUCAAGGCUACUAGUCAGCGCUUCCCAAGAUGGAAAAUUAAUUAUUUGGGAUAGUUAUACAACAAAUAAGAUGCAUGCCAUUCCUUUGAGAUCUUCCUGGGUGAUGACCUGUGCAUAUGCUCCUUCUGGCAACUAUGUCGCUUGUGGUGGAUUGGACAACAUCUGUUCCAUAUAUAAUUUGAAAACCAGAGAGGGCAAUGUGAGAGUGAGCAGAGAGUUACCAGGGCAUACAGGAUACUUGUCCUGCUGUCGUUUUCUAGAUGACAAUCAAAUUGUUACAAGUUCAGGGGACACCACCUGUGCUCUUUGGGACAUUGAAACUGGUCAACAGACCACCACCUUCACUGGGCAUACCGGAGAUGUGAUGAGUUUAUCCCUAAGUCCAGACAUGAGGACUUUUGUUUCUGGUGCCUGUGAUGCCUCCUCCAAGCUUUGGGAUAUUCGCGAUGGAAUGUGCAGGCAGUCUUUCACAGGGCAUGUGUCUGAUAUUAAUGCAGUUUGUUUCUUCCCCAAUGGACAUGCUUUUGCGACUGGUUCUGAUGACGCCACUUGUCGACUCUUUGACCUGCGUGCAGAUCAGGAGUUAAUGAUGUACUCCCAUGACAAUAUCAUCUGUGGAAUCACUUCUGUAGCCUUCUCAAAAAGUGGUCGUCUCUUGCUAGCCGGCUAUGAUGACUUCAACUGCAAUGUGUGGGAUACUCUGAAGGGAGAGAGAGCAGGUGUCCUUGCUGGCCAUGACAACCGUGUCAGCUGUUUAGGUGUUACUGAUGAUGGCAUGGCUGUAGCUACAGGGUCUUGGGACAGUUUUCUCAGAAUCUGGAAUUAACUGGGAGACAAACAUGUACAUUCUCCAUUGAGAUCUGGAGAGAUCAAUGCUGCAGCCUAUAGCUGUGAAAUAACAUUUCUACCUUGUAUUUGCAGGUGAAGUUUUUCUAUUCACUGAUUAUUACACAAAAAGGCUUUCUGUAAACUAGAAAAAAAUCAAGUGAAAAAAUAGGGGUGGGGGUGGAGAAAUCACUGACUUUUAAAAAGGGGCCAGGCCAGCACACAUAAUCAUGGUGACUGAGAAACUAAGAGCCAGUCUUUUUUGUUUUUGGUGGUUUGGUUAGAUUGUCCUCGAGGGAUUUCUGCUUGUGCUCAAAGUCUGCUAAUUCUGUACUUUUUUUGUACAUAACAGAAUAUACACAUUAUAGCAGCCAAUCAUGUAACAUUUGUCUGUAUGUAAAGAAAUAUGUUUGCAUUUUUUAAGGAACUACAUUUAUAGCUUUGCAUUUAACCUGAGAUGUCACUUCUGAGUUUUGUAGUGGAUGAACUAGAUUGCUGUUUUAAACGCUUUUGUGAAUUUACUGUAGAUAAAGUGAAGCCAAUGGUAUGUAUGUGUUUUUAUAAUGGAAGGCAUUUGAAUUACUACCUUGUUUUUUUUUUUAAAAAGGCCCUGAUGACCGUGGUAAUACCUAGCGCCUUACUUAUUCACUUCUAGACCUAUUUGUCUAUUUAAGCAUGGGGAUUACUCCUUCCAGCCAGUGGUUCCUGGUUCAUCCAUCAGCAGCCAUGGCCUCCAAGCACCAAGAGAAUGUUAAUGCCAUUGGGGUGUGUGUAUAUAGAUAUAAUAUAUAUAAAAAAAAUAAGAUUUUAACACGCUGGCGUCAGAAGAACAGAGUACAUAAGUCAAGUAACACAUUACUGUCACUAAGUGGGUGAGUGCUUUUUCCUUUUGACAGUGGAUUUGUAAAUGAGAGGAUUCUGAUCCACUGCAAAGGUGAUACUCUAGUAUGGAGUUGACUGAAUAGAUUGUGUGCGCUUUUACAGUUUCUUCAAAGUUGCUCUUCUACUACUACAGCAAAUGAAGAGAUUUAAGAGGGUUUCUCUAUGAAGGCUUCCUACGGAUGGCUUAGGAAGUACAGAGAAUCCCUUACUAGAACUGCGAAGUUAGAGGUUCACCCUAAUAUUUCACAACAGAACAUGCUUGUCUUGUGUAAUGGUGGAAGUGACCAUGUUAUCUACAAUGAACAAUAACCGUUUUGAUAAUCUCUAUGAUUCCUCUAAAAACGUUGUGCUCUAGAUUUAAAAUCCGGCUAGUUCAUUUACAACUGCACUGGUCUGUGCUUAGGCAUCUUAUUAGAUUCCAGUCUGCAAACUGACAGUAAAUAGUCAUUUCCUUUUAUAUGCCUGAUCUUGAUAUGAUUCACUUAUAAAAUGGAAGGCACUGAGAGCACUUGAGCCAGUAAGCAUUUUCUUAUUGUGUAGGUAUAUGACAAAUCAUGUGACUCAGACCCAUUUCAAACUACCCAUGAAGAUCACUUAACUCUGGUGCUGGCAGUGUGUCCAUGUUUGUGAUGGAUGUCCCUGGGGGAAUCUGAGUUGGGCAUGAAAGUACCUGAUACUUUCAGGAAAGGGCCAUUCUCUGUUGGCUUCUCGUGAUUUAUUUUAAAUGUGUGUAUUUAAACAAAUUACCAUAAAGCUGAAAGUUAAUGUUAAUCUGCUGCCCCCACCUGAAGGUGCGAGGUGUCCAAAUGUCCCUGGGUCAGUUUGUGAACAUAAGUGCCCGGCAUUUUGUAAUAUGAAAAGAGAUUAUUGCUGAGACCACUGUUUGUGACGUUUCUACCACUUGUAAUUCUAAUUUCAGUACUUCCAGACUGUGCCUGUAAAUAUGCCAUGUUUACAAUGGUGGAGGUGCCAAUAAAUGUGCCAACUGUAGUAAAUUCAGUAUCCGUUAAAAAGCACAUCCCGUGCUGGAGCAGUAUACACUUAAUAAAGGCAGAUUAUGGUGUAGGACCAAAAUCAUGUUAUGUUGUAGAUCACAGAAACUCAUUUGCAUUUUUUUUAGCAAGAUUAUUUUGUUUUCUGAUCUGUUUGCAGUAACAGAAUUAUUUAUGGAAUAUUUGUAUCUUUUCCCAAGAGGGCAGCUCUUUGAGGUCAGGCAGAACACUUGAUAUUUUUUAAUGGUGCCUUUGAUUUUAAACUUGCAGCUGCUUCUGGUUUGAGUGAAUCAUUCUGAAAAUUUGCUAGUAAACUCUUACAGGAAAAAUUUAAAUUACUAAAUAGUUUCUCAUUUAAGGUGCAUCUUGAAGUGACUUCCUAGUUGCCAGUGUUGUAAAGAGACUUCCCAUACUUGCAAUUAAAUAUCAUAAACGAUUUCCCUUUAUACUGCAGGAUAGAUGUUUGCUGUCUAACUCUUAAGUAAAUCAGGUUUCUAAAAGAGUAACAGGAGAUGUCAACACCUAAGGAAAUAUUUAACUCCUGGGGUGAAUGUACCCCAAAAUCGUGGCUACUGUUGGGAGUCCUGGUAUAAGUCUGUUUUGGAUUGUUUGCUUUUUUUAAAGCAUUUAUAAUAGUGGGACAUUACAUUAUUACAUCUUAAACUGAGACCAUAUAAUGGGCCUUAUCUGAGCAAUUUCAGUUUUUUUAAGCAUUGCUUAUGGGUGAAUUUUCAAGAUGGUAUACUCAUUAAGAUAGAUCUUAAUUGCAGCUUAAUUUUAAUCCAAGCACCAAAUCCCAUCUUCUGCUAUAAGCCACCAUUUGCAGGUUUUACUUGAAAGCUUUCAUCCCGACUCCUGCAUCUCAAACAAAAUGUCUCCAUGGGUAUUUUUAGACUAAAGGGUGAUGUAUACCUGUAGCUUAAAAUAAGCUCAGAUAUGCAGGUUAGUGUAGUUUCUAACCGUUCACGUGAUGGUGAACCAGUUUAAUACAGGUAGUGUAUUUUACAGCACAAUAGGGUACACAUUAAACUGUUGUGAAAAGUUUACCACUGCCAAACUGUAGAGCUAUCUUAAUUCCAAAUAUGUUAUGUGGUUACAAAAAUAUUUACUAGAUUUUGGAAUUAGUAAUACUUAGUACUAAAAACAGUUAGACCAUUGUGCCAAAAAUUUGUAAUUGAUAGGAAAGUAACCUUUUUUCCAGGCUUCAUUGUAAUAUUAAAUCCAUGUUUAAAUGUACUUAAAAGAAGUGGUAUAGCAGAAAGGUAGCUGGUUGAAGCUGUAACUUGCAAACUGGAACUAUGUGCCUCAUAUGAAAUUACAGAUUAAUUCAGGUACAGCUGCUGUCCACUUUAAAGGCUGAUUAGCUUUAUGGUGAAGGAUACUGAUCAAGCAAAUUUCCAGUUUGAACUUGCUUCCAUCUGUACUCAGCCUUAUUAGUAAAAAUACUGGGUCUAGAAACCACAAAAAGCUUUGGCAUGGCAUUGUGCUAAUGUACAUUCACUUAGUAUGGGUAAUGUGUGUACCUUCUUUCAACCAUCUCUAGACUUUUUUCUCCUAAACUGUCAUUACCAUCUGCCUUGCUGAAUAUCACAUACUAUUAAGUAUCUGAAAAACUGCUGGUUCAAUAGUCCAUUUGGAGUAGAAAAACUCUUUCAAACUGCUUUCUUCUGAGGAGAGAGGUUGACUCUGAUUUGGCAGUGCUGAAUUGACAUACCAGCUUGUCCUUGUGUGCAUAUUAUAAUUCAGUUAAUGUAACCACUUGUCCUAUCAUGAAGUUCACAUUACUUUGGGGGGGAAUGAUAUUGUGAAAAACAUUCCAAGAGUGCUUAGUCUUUCCUCGUUGAGGACACUGUCACCUCCACUAGAUUUAGUGCUGUGCUUUAAAAUGUUGGUGAGAAUAGGUAUUGGCUAAUCCAAAUAGUUGGUAUGAAGUGGUUGUGUAGCAGAAUGACAGAUUUUGAGAUAGCAUUUCCUGUAAAAGUAAGUAAGCAAGCAUGGGUUGAUGGUGCACUUUGUAUACAGUAAUCUGGCAUGCAUGCUGGUAAAACUACUUCCUACACUUCAGAGGCACCACAAGCCUUUUUAUCCAAUUGCUGGUUGUGUAAAAUACAUGCAGAAUGUUAAUGCAGUGUUGUUAUGGUAAAUGUGUGAACAGUGUUAAUAAUUGAUUAUAACUGAUAACAGAUUAAAUGUGCCUGACAUUCUUAUACCACACAGUAUGUUUAGGUUUUGACUAAUAUGGACUUCAGUGGAAUAGUCUUAGAUAUUUCAAGCCUUUGUUUUACUUAUACAAUGGUGCUCUAUUUGUUUCUCCUUUUUUAAAAAAAGCAUCUGAACACUUGUACUACAUAUUACAUCCAAAGGAGUCCAAAACUAAUUUCCUUUAAACAUGCUUGACUCUUAGUUUGGCACUUAGCGCUGAUUGCCCAGCAUUUCUCAUCUAAUGGUUUUAAUUUUACUUUUACUUUCACUUGUUGCUGACUACUUUGAUGGAAAACUUCAGUAACUUUACCAAUUAUGAAGUGAUUUUGCACUGCCUUUGGAUUGUGUAUGUUUUCAGAAACAGUCUUAAAGCUUUUCUUUAAGCUAAUUCAAAACAAGGACUUGUGCCACUUGUUCUAUGACAGGGGUGAUGUAUAGACUUCCCUGUUUAUAAACAAA